AUGUCUAUUAUUAAGAAGUCAACUAAAUCUAUUAGUGAAUCAACUGAUAAGAAGAGAAAAUCAGUUUCUAAUGAGAUUAAAGAAAAAAGCUUUAUUAUUGGAUGUGUAAUAAGAUGUGGUAUUAGUUUAGAACUAGAAAGAAAAACAAAGAAUGAUGAAGAAGGGCUUCAAAAUUUUAAUAUUAUUUCUUCAUACGAAAAUAUUAGUUAUGAGAUUUUACUUGAAGAAUUAAGUAAUUAUGGAAACGAAAUUAAUUAUAAGAAAAUAAAAGGAAGUAGUAAAAUGGAUAAAAGAGAAAGGAUAUUAACAUUUAAUGGGAUAAGGCAAGAAGAAAUAUAUGAAAAAGGGGAAAAAGUCAAUAAAUGUCUUAUUAAAGAAAUUAGAAUUGAAGAAGGUAAAACAAGAAAGGGGUGUAGACGAAUUAUUAGAGAGACUGAUUCUAAUAUUAUUAUCACACCACUAUUCAAUAAUUUUAAAGUAUAUUGUUCAGAAAGUAAUUAUGAUAAAGAAAAUCCUAAUCAAAUAGAACAAAUACCUGAUUGUUAUUUGAGUAAUUGUGUUCAAAUACCUUAUUAUUAUUAG